CGGAGGUCAGCCAGAUCAGGGCCCAAGUAGAUUUUCUUCGUCACCAUAACAAUCUUGUUGCGACUUUUGAGAUAUCGCGACUUUAAUAACAACGUACACGUCCGUCGGAUCACUCAUAAUCUACGCCGGAAGGUCAAACAAAAACCACACAUAAAGCAACCACCUUCACAAACCGCAAACAUGUCUACUAGAGGUAGAGGCGGCAAGUUCAUGAAGCCCAAGCGAGGUGGCGGCAAGCACUUCAGCAGAGAUCUCCGUCCCAUCGACGCCGAGGGUGCUGAGAAGAGCAUGUGGGCAUCAGACUCGGACAACUCUUCAUCCGAAGAGGAGUCGUCAGAGGAGGAGUCAAGCGAUGAGGAGGCACCCAAGGCAACCGUCGCCGGCGAGCAAGAGAUGACCCGUGAGCAAAGACGCGAGGCAGCCAAGCAACGCAAGGCCGCAGCCAUUGCAAAGAAGAAGGGACCCGUCCAAGUCGGCGACAUGCCCUCUGGAAGCGAGUCAGAAUCAUCAGACGACGAUGACAUGCCCGCCAACCCCAACCACACCGCCAAGGCCGCAAAGAUGGCCGCAAAGCCUGUAGUCGCUGGAUCCGACGAUGAGGCACCCAAGAAGAAGCCCACCAAGCCAGCCGACAUUUCACAAAUGUCCAGAAGAGAGCGCGAGGCCCUGCAAGCCGUUCAGGCCAAGCAGAGAUAUGAGAAGCUGCACUCUGAGGGCAAGACCGAGCAAGCCAGAAACGACAUGGAGAGAUUACAGCUGGUCAGACAACGCAGAGAGGAGGAGUCAGCCCGUAAGGCAGCUGAGAAGGCCGAGAAGGAGGAGCACGAGAAGGAGAAGGCCGACCAGUUGGCAAGAAUGGAGAGACAGAGAGCAGCAGCCACGGCCAAGAAGAACCGCGGCAACAAGAAGAAGUAAAGAGUUGAUUCAACAGCAUCUUCAUGUUCUGAUGGGAAUUGCUUUUAUGACUUGAUGAGCCAGGAGCAAGGUCGCCGAAGCGAGGCUUUCAGAGCAGGAUACCAGGACGAUUCCGGAGUUAUGUGCAUAGCAUUUGGUAACCCACGAUUCGAUUGCUUCUUCGGC